CCUCACAAUGCGGUGUUUAGCAAUUCUUUUCUUCAGCACAAUGGUGUCUGCUCAAGCGUCAAACACGCAGUGUCCCGACUCCGAAUUAGCUUGUCAUGAUGUGAUGAAUUCCUCGCAGUGUAUAGCGGCUUUGAUACUCGACAAUCCUCAACGGGCGACGAAAAAUGCUUUGAUCGAGUGUGUGGAACAUGAGGGGACAGCGAGCAGUCUACCAGGAGCCCAGAAAUACUGUCGUUGUCUGGGUUGUCAUGUCGCCGCCAUUAAUGCCAAGCUUGCUGAGCUAUUCUGUUCAUAAAACGAGUGAUGGCUGGCUGGCAAGGAGGUUGGAAUAAGGUUUUGACAUGGAGACUGAACAGCUUCCCGGUUGCAGCUGGCGGCAAAGAUUCGGUGGCUUUGAAACGCCACCCAGAAGAUUGGCUCACAUGAGUUUCUCGGUGUGAAACACGGCGUGAGCACUAGACUAGGAUAAUUUGGGCGUGCACUUGACCCAGUCAGAUGUCACCUCAGACACACGGUGCUUAAUGUGUGUGACUAAGGGCACGUGCAUCUCACUCAGAUCCCAAAACAUGAUCUCGCGAGGAUUAAAUCAAAUCGUACUCCUUUAAAAGACUCGGACCUGUUCUGAUCCUUUUGCUGAUACAAUUCCGAGCCCAUCCAUCCAACAUCUUUUGUACCAAGUAUCCAGCUACCCCCACCAACAGCAACCCCUCCCGGCCUCCUAAGCAACCAUCACUUCCCCAGUCAUCAUCACCCAAAGCCAAAAUGUCGCUCGCCUUCAAAGUCAUCACAUCCUUCUCCUCCAUAUUCACCGCAACCUACAGCACGAUCGAGUCCCUCAUAACUUCCCCCAACCAGGUCACCAACCACCAACAGGACCAUGCCUUCCAAGCCCCCUCCGCCACCGAUAAACGCAGCCCAUGUCCGAUGGUCAACGCUCUCGCAAACCACGCCUACCUUCCCCGAGAUGGGUCCAACGUCUCCCUCCUCAAGCUCAUCCAAGCCGCCAAAGAGGGCAUCAACCUCGCCCCCGACGCAACCCUCAUCGUCGGCCUCAAAGCCCUCCAAACCUCCACCACUGGCAGCUGGUUAACCUUCAACCUGGACGACCUGAACAAACACGGCGUCAUCGAACACGACGCCUCCCUCAGCAGAAAAGACGUCUUUUUCGGCGACAACCACUCCUUUUCCCCCGAGACGUGGGAAACAGUAUUUAAACACUUUCGAGGACUGGAGAAAAUCCCCCUCCAAGUUGCCGCAGCGGCCAGGAAGGAAAGAGUGGAGAGUGCAAGGGCUUCCAACCCGGAGUUUAGCCUGACCGAGGAUCAGAACAGGUUCUCCAUUUUGGAGACCAGUCUGUAUCUCAUGGUCUUUGGGGAGGGAACGCAGGGGAAUGCGCGGACUGACUGGGUCAAGGUGCUGUUUGAAGAGGAGAGGCUGCCGUUUCAGGAGGGGUUUACGCGGUCGCCUACGAUGCUGACUCUUGGUCAGAUUUUAGAGUUGCACAAGAAGGUGGAGGCCGUUUAAGCACCGGGCUGAGGGUCAUGUAGGGGAGCU